UUCAACCAUGGUUUCAAGAGGUUUCACGGCAGUAAGGCAGUUUCAAAAUGGCGACUGACAACAAUGUGGUGAAGUUUGACCUUCGAGUGAAAGAUCUGACCAAUGUGAAUGAUUUUGAAAAUCAUCCGGAUGUAGAUUCAAGUAAGCGAUGUAAGUUUUGCAAAGUAAAGGAGUCGAAGUACACAUGUCCGAAAUGUAACUGUCAUUACUGUGGACUUGGUUGUUAUAAAAGUAAGGACCACGAGCAAUGUUCGGAAACAUUUUACAAGGAAAACGUUUUACGGGAAUUGAAAGGAAUGAAAUCUACAGAUAAAUUGAAGAGAGAAACUAUGGAAAUGCUUAAUAAGAUGAAAAAAGAAAGAAACUCGGAUGCAGAAAUAGGCUGGGAUGAUGAAGCAACAGAGGGGCUCGAAGUAAGGAUGCAAGGGUUGGAUAUCGACAACGCAAAUUUCGAGGAUAUUUUCGUACGACUAACUGAGAAGGAAAAACAAUUAUUUGAUGAAAUCAUUGCAAAAGGAGAGGUUGAAAUCGCCGAACUUGUCACUCCAUGGUGGAGGGAGAAUUUAUAUAAGGGAGUAGAAGAGAUGAAUGGUGAAAAGAAAGUUAAUUUUGAAACAAACAGGACUCCAAGACUUCUUCAAAAGAUUGAGCCAUUGAAUAUUCUGCUUCCAAAUAAAGUGCCUAGUCCAGUUAUACCAUUCAACAUAUGUGAAGUUAUAAUAACAUAUUGCUUUGUAUAUAGAUUAUAUAACGGGGAGCUCCAGGAAUCAACACAAGAGGCCUUAGAUACCAUCCUUGAACUAUCUCCUGUUAUGAAAGAUAGCCAUUAUUAUACUGAUGUGGAGUACUGUCUUAGACUAUUUGUUCAGAGAGUUAAGUCAUCAGUAUCAUUAAAGGAUGCUUUGGAUCCUGUUCAUGAGCCAUUUGAUGAUCUAUUUAUGAUCAUUUCAUCAUAUAGCUGGGUUGAGCUAGAGGAUAAAAACAAAAAGCUUGUUGCCACUUCAGUUCUUUGUGUUUCAGAUUUGCAUAGCUUAUUCAAAAAUGCAGCCAUGGAGCUGACAAGAACAAAAAAUAAAACCAAAGAGGAAAAGGAAAAGAAGAAGUUAUACCAGAAAGUAACUAAAAAACUAUACUUUCUGGCAUCUUGGCUUGUAGAAAACCAACACACAUUGUCCUGUUUGGAAGGGAAGAUCAAAGAUGUGAAGUCCAAAGUUACUGCCUACUGGGAAGGUGUAAAGGAGGAAAGAAAAGAGUUUGAAACAUUUCUAAAUGAAAAGAGAAAUAAUACAGAGAAACAAAUUAUUGAAGAACUUUGAUAUCAGAAAAUUGUUCAUUGCUGCAAAUAGUCAUAAAUUUUUUAUUAUAUUUUCUUCUGAUUGAA